AUGAGUUUGGAAGUGGGUUGUCUGUCUUUCAGACAGCCGUAUGCUGGGCUUGUAUUAAAUGGACUGAAGACGAUUGAGACGCGUUGGCGUCCUCUGCUGUCGGAAAUGAGACAUUGCACUUUAGCAGUGCACAUUGCGCAAAAAGACUGGGAAGGAGACGAGUGGAAAGAGAUCCUUACACACACACUUGGGAUGACAAGAAGCCAGAUAGACGAUCUCCUGCAGUCCGGCGAAAGGUUCGGACGCGGAGUGGUGGCAGGUUUGGUGGAUGUAGGGGAGACUUGGUUUUGCCCUGAAAAUCUGCCUGACGAGGAGGUACAGGAGUUGGAGAGAGCGGCGUGUCUGAGAGGACUAGCGGGAAAACAUCUCACGCGUCUGUCAAACCCACGCUGGCUCGCGCAGCCGCUGUACGGCAGAGGACAUAAGGACGUUUGGACUGUCCACAUUCCAGUGCAGUUUCUGCCCUCGUCCGUCCCGCUCCGACAAGAAAAUGACAAGACAUGA